UACAGGACAAGGCGUGUGUUCAGCAUUUGUGUUAGAUGGCAUCAAAAGAACGCUUCCUCGAGCGACGUGUCGGCUCAUGCCGGAUGAUAGAUAUCCUCAUGGCAAUGACACUUGGGGUAACAACGAUUAUUGCAGUCAUACUGAUUGCCACAGUAACUACGUCUGCUGCAACAACACCCAAAGAAACUUACACAGCUCCAACAUCAUCUGACGACUGUCUCGACGUGGCUGUGAUUGGCGGUGGCAUCGGGGGCGCCUACACAGGCUGGAGACUGAGGGACAGAGGCCUCUCUAUCUCUGUGUUCGAGUACUCCGACCGAGUCGGGGGCAGACUGUUCAGUACCGAACUGCCUGUUGCACCAGGGACGUACCUUGACUUCGGAGGGAUGAGACUAAAGAAGAGAGGCCACCCUAUCUUAACCAGAACAGCGACAGAGAUAGGUCUCAGAAUUAUUCCCUUUCCCCUCAGAUAUGGGAUUCCAGAUGAGACGAUCUGGUACGCUCGUGGCAAGCACAUGCGCAAUACUGACUUCGGAACAAGUCGCAUGCCCUAUGACCUUCCCCCAAAUGAAAUGAAGGUUCCUGAUGUAUUGAAAUGGAACAUCUUUAACAAGAACCUCAUCUUUCUGGACAACUCAACCAUGUACCCCACUCAAGAUGAUGUGUUGAAGAUGAGAACCGUGGAUGGAACUCUGCUGUACAAAAUGUCGCUUGACAACGUUUAUGGACGUUUCGCUAGUCGGGAGGCUUACAGAUACAUCUCUGAAACCAGUGGGUGGGCUGAAACUGUUGGCACACACGGAGCCCUCAACGGUCCAACAAUCUCCUUGUCCUACCCUGUAGCAACAGGGCCACCCGAUGAAGUAAUGACAAUAGAUGGUGGAAUGGGGAAGGUGCCAUUGACUUUAAUGGAGAACUUCCUGAAUACAAGCACGAGCCACAAACUCCACCUGAACCACCAACUGCUGAAGAUAGAGAAGAGACAAGCUGGGGGAUACAACCUCAGAUUCAGAAAGACUCAGACAACUGACGGAAUCACAACUCCAAUACAGUUGGGUAACAAGGAAGUGACCAGGUGCGCCAGGAAAGUAGUACUUGCUGUCCCUCAGAGAUGUAUACAAGAAAUUGACUUCCCAGAGUUCCAGAACAACCUGGAGAUUGUAAGGAACAUGGGCUCCGUCGUUGGGUACCCUGCUGGCAGAAUAUAUCUUGCCUACAACACCAAAUGGUGGAAGAAUGGCAACCGUGACAUCACUCAUACUAGGACUGAUCUUCCCAACAGACAGACCUAUGACUGGUCCACCGGCACCAACAACGUCUCCAUCAUCAUGGCGUCCUACCACGACGGGGACUUGGCCCACUACUGGCGAGAGUUGAGUCAGUUCGGGACGCCAAUCCCUGGAAGUCUCCCCGGAGUGAAUGCCGUCACGGACGUCGUCAAGAACAGAGCUGAGAAGUACUUAAGCGCCAUCUACAACGUCAGCCAAUCUGAUAUCCCCGAAGCUGUUGGAGGCGCAAUGAUGUUGUGGGACAAAUAUCCUUUCUACGCUGCAUGGACUGAUUUCAAACCAGGCUUUGACGACAGAAAAGUUCGUGAGAUGUUGUAUAAACCAUCCUCCUCCGAUGAUGUAUACCUAGCCACUAAUUCAUGGGCACGUAGUGAUCUUCAAGGUUGGUCUGAGGGAUCGCUGUUGGCUGCAGAUGUUGUUAUCAGCAGAUAUUUCCAAGGUAGCAAAUAG